AGGAAAGAGAAUUAAAAUUACAGGGAAUAUUGGACUUAAAUUAUCAAAUAAACUGCUAACGUUGCUCCUUGUGUGCUGGAUGUGUAAAUAAACUGCCGACAAGUUUGUUUCUCAACUUAAACACAGUUUCUCCCUCUCCAUGCCUUAUCAGGUCUUUGUGGAUAUUUCUUUCUCAAUGAAUCACCAAAAUCAGCCAGCAGCAUGAAAAGCUGGAGCAGGAAAUUCAAGAGACAAGAGCCUGACAGUGUGGUCGGCUCCUUUUCGAGCAAGAGGAACUCCAUUAGCAGUCCACCAGUGCCUGUGUGGGUUACUCACACACCCACACCAGAUAAUAUCACAGAUGAUGGUGAUACUAACUCCACAGGCCACACUUCCAGCAGUCCACCGUAUACAGAGAAGGACGACAGUAAAGGGAGUAUGAAGGACAGGCUUAAGUCCCUCAUCCCUCAGUCAUGGGGGGGCCUCAUCCAUAAAUGGACAAAGGAAAGUGACAGUUUUAAUGGCUCUGAAGCCAACACCAGUACAAUCCAAAUCCUUCCUAAUGGGACCAGGGUGAGCCCUCCUGUAAGUCCCCUGCUGGAGCGCAGAAACGGGGGUGAAUCACUCGGCAACUCCAGCCAGAGCUCCCAUAAGCCUUUGUUAAUGGAGAGCCCGUCCGAUGAUCUGCUCAGUCAGAGCCAACAGGAGGAAUCUCUCCUGACCAGCAUCCACCCUGCAGAGUACUACGCCGAGAAGCUGGAGGUCUAUAACCAGAAGUACUCUUAUUUGAAAUCCUGGCCGGGGUUGCUAAGACUUCUCGCUGGACUCCAGCUCCUGUUUGGGGGAAUGGUCUUUGCUUGUGUCAUCGCCUACAUCCAGAAAGACAGUGAAUGGUCCAACAGUUAUGGACUCUAUAACGGCGUAUAUAACAAUGGACUGGGCCUGUCUGGGUACAGCUACAGAGGCCCCAUGACUCCCUUCAUACUGGCGGUGGCUGGAGUCUGCUGGAUUAUAACCCUCGCUCUCUUAGUAAUGGGAAUGACGAUGUAUUAUCGCACCAUCCUCCUCGACGCCCCCUGGUGGCCCCUGACGGAGGCCUUCAUCAAUGUGGCGCUCUUCCUACUCUACAUGGCAGCAGGGAUCGUCUAUCUGAACGACUUGAACCGCGGUGGACUGUGCUACACCACAAUAGGCAUUAACCCCAUCAUGGCUAAUCUGUGUAGAGUCGAUGGGGGUCAGAUGGCGGGAACGGCUUUCAUUUUCAUUAACAUGACCAUGUAUCUGGGAAGCUUCCUGGUGUGUCUGAAGAUGUGGAGACAUGAGGCGGCACGAAGGGAGAGGCAGUACUUUGAGAACCAGCCUCAGGAGGAGUUUCACCAGUCCAUCCCACUAACGCCCCAAAAACCAAAGCGCAUAUCAUUCAAGGAUGAAAUGGAUAAGUCACUGAGUAAAGAUUUUAUCAAUCAAACUGCAGUCCAGAAGAGCCCAGUCAGUCUGAGCAGAGAUGCAGCGUCUGAGUAUACCCCCAAAGUACACAUCAUCGCAGACUAUAUCAUAAAGUAUCCAGAGAUCAGCUGUGUGGAAGAAAAGGAAAAGUACAAAGCAGUUUUCAAUGACCAGUAUCAGGAAUACAAGGACCUCCACAGAGACAUCAGCACCACCCUUGAUAAGUUCAGAGAGUUGGAUGUCAUGAUGGCACGACUCCUGAGAGAGGGAAAAAGCCAAGAGGAGCGGCAGAGAAUUCAAAGCAUUUUGAAGAAGUAUCAGCAGAAAAAGAGUGACCCUGGCUUCCUAGAAAAAAAGGAACGCUGUGAAUAUCUGAAAGCUAAAUUAAGCCAUCUCAAAAACAGAAUCCGCACUUUUGACCAGGAAGCCAUGGAAAAGGAAACCAUGUAUGAGCCUCGGUACUACGACCGCCCCCCUGUGUACAGCCCGCCUUACAGCACUACCUCCCACAGUUUCUAUCCCCCAAGGAGCGUCCACUCCCCCCAGAGCCAGUAUGUCCCCUACAACUACAAUGUCCCUCCAGACUCCUACUACGUUGAGGAGAGGCCUCAACACUUCUACCGCUGGUUUUCUCCUCCUGGCUUCGUCAAAACCUUCCAAGGAGCGACAGCACUCAUGUGUUUCCUCAUCUUCGCCUGCGUGGCUUCGACCUUGGUGUGGGACAUGAAUGGAUUUGGGUACGGGGGCUACGGUGUUGGGCCCACAGGGGGGGUCGCAGGGGUGGAGUCGGGAUAUUAUGGAGGCAGCUACGGCUACGGUGGCUCCUACAUGACGCCACAGUCUGCCAAGGCGGCGAUGAUCUCCAUGGCGGCUAUUAACUUCUUGGUCUCACUGGGCUUCCUGGUCGGGAGUUUCUCAAGGUCACGGGUCAUGAGGGGAUGCAGGUUCUACCUCACUGUGUUCAUUUGUGACAUCAUCUUAGCCGUCCUUCAGGGUAUCAUUGACAUCAUCUUCGUGAUCGGGGUGAACCCGAUGUCUCAGAGCUCACAGAGCAUGCUGUACAAUCCCAUGCUGAUGAUGUGCCAGAACAUCCAGGGCAACCCCAGCCUCAGCGGCAGCGUGGGAGCCGGUUUUCCUGGGAAGUUCCCCAUGUACAAUCAGUACCUGUACCAUUACUGCUACAUGGACCCGGAGGAGGCGGUUGCAUUAGUGUUGGGUCUGAUGGUGGUGUUGGCCCUGUCCCUGUCUGCUUACUACGCCUACAAGACCCGCAGCAAGAUUUGGCGUCACGGCAAAGCUAACAUCUACUGGGACGAGCCAAUGGUCAGAUCGUCGGAGGGCCAGGAUGUCCAGGACUGGGUGAACCAUGUUGGAGAGGUACGCAGCACCCAGCAGGCACCAACUGUUGUUUUAUCAGAGAGAGCACCACCUGACAUGAGGGCGGAGAACAGUGUGGUCUCCUAUGGCAACGGAACAGUCAGCAUCCACAGUGAGGGGAAUUAUAAAAGCAACAGUUUAUCUGCUGACAACAGUAACCGUCGAAGUGCAGAGCCUCUGUACCAGAAUAGCAGGGUCAUAGUUUGUUCCAGCAGCUCCUCAGACGAGAUGGACAGCACCAGGAAACCUCCUCAUCAUGUGGAGAAGAACCAGAGGAAGGGCCGAGAGCCAAGGCCGUCUGCUCCGGAGAUGAUUGAGUCCCCGUAUGAAACUGGUUACACCACCGGAGACACUGGCAAUGAGCUGGACCGGGACCACACAAACUACCUCUACAGGCUGUACCCAGAGAUCACUUCAGACGAGCAGAGACACCAGUACAAAAAGGAGUUUGACUCUGAUCUGGCCCGCUAUAAGAGCCUCUGCGCCGAAAUGGAUGACAUCAGUGACCAGAUGCACAAGCUGAGCCGAGAACUGGACGUUUUGGACGAGGGCUCCAUGAAGUACCAGGGUGUGGCAGACGAGUAUAACCGACUCAAAGACCUGAAAAGGCUGCCGGACUAUCAAGCAAAGAAGAGGCAGUGCAAAGAACUUCGGCAGAAACUUUUCCACAUCAAACGUUUGGUGAAAAUCUUUGACCAAGGUAUUUGUUAGUGAGUCUCGAUAAUCUGCCCAAACAGCUGAGGAUGAACACUGACAGGGUGUGACCCGGCUAAACAAAUAUGGAUUUAUCCUCUAUCGUAAGUUUUUAUUGCUUUACUGUUUGAAUUGUCUCUCAUACUGGCCUCACAGUCACUGAACCUUCACAGCUUUUGACCCUAAUGUUUACAACUUCUGCAGCUGUCAGAGUAGAUUAUUGUCAGAAUAGAGCUACUAAUAGACUUUUCUCUGUGUGUUUGUGACAAUGUGGCACUCUUUAACAUUUGAAGAUGUUUUACUUUAUUUUAGAUUCAAAUUAAUGUUGAAUUGUUACAAGUAUGGGAAUUAAUUGUCAGUUUUUAUACAGAAAUGUCAUAAGAGAAGAUAUAGCAAUGAACGUAAAUUCAUUAAUACACGUAUUCAUCUAUGGUACAUGUUGCAGUGUUUAUUUGGCAUUCUUCAUACAGAUGUAAUUACAACACUUUUCAAGUAAUUUGAAAAACAAAAAUGUAACUAAAGACACAUCGUCAGCUUUUGAUUCUUUUAAUAACGUUGCCAUACACGUGAAAUCUUUAAAAAAAAACUUAAGAACUCAGUAACACAAAGAUAAGAAAACAUUAAUUGUAUAUUUAUCUUUUUUUUUUAUCAAUGACAAGGUUGUGUGAGUCUUUGCCCAAAAGAAGAAUAUCCAAAAAACUUUCAAAAGGCCCGGUGGUAGAUCAAGAUGCAGAGUUAACAUCCUUGUACGUUGUGUGUGUGAAAACACUAAAUGCUGAAAUAUGUUGUAGAGUUGAUUUCAUUCUUUUAUUUUACAUGUUUUACUUGUGAUUUUGUAAACUUGCCUCUUGAAAUACCUGGUUGAGGUAAACCCUGGUGGACCAGUGAGUCAGGGCCCAUCUUCUUCUAACUUGUCAUAUAUAUAUUGUAAUGUUUUGGCAUUGAAUAUCCUCCAAGUGCAGUUAUUUCCUACCAGAUUUUCAUCCAUUACAGUGUCAUCUCACGUAGUUCACAACAGUCGAAACUCUGUCACAUCAGCUGUAAUGGCAUGAAGAUAAGCUUCUUUUUUUGACAUCUAAACAGAUGACAGAGGUAUUUUCAUGUAAAUACAUAUAGAAAAAAAACAUUUAGGAGUUAACAGUGAAAGCAAUACGUUAAAUGUUUAAAUGAACCUUGAAUUACAUCAUGUAAAAUAACGAAACAGUCCCCACUUAGCGGAGAUCCAAAACAACAUUUUUAACAUGCAAAAAGACAAAGUUGGCCUCAAUAUAUAUACACACUUCAAUGCAUUUUUUCGAGGGAUCAUUACCUCCAGAAACAGCAUUGAUCAACGUAAACUGGUAGUGUUUGUUAUAAACUCUCUCACCACCGACUAGAACUAAUUCAUAUAACUUUUACUAGAACCCGAGUCAAUGCCAGCCUACUGUUUCUCGAUUAAAAAAAAUCCAAAUGGUGUUCAAUAGCUGAAUUCACCUUAUUCAGUCAAAACUCAUAUUCAAAACACAAGUGAAAAUCACUUUGGAGAUUUUUUUUUAUUUUUUAAAAAAAGCUGCAAGACGAAUGUUUGUGAUGCUCGUUUCAUGAUUCAUAACGUGUCCCAAAUUCAUAAUGAAUAACAAGGCAGUUGUCAAAAAGAAGGCGGUUUCUGGUGAACAACACUUACA